AUGGUGGCGUUCUGGAAGCUCCGACCCGGCAAUAAGGCAGUCGUGUACUAUGACGACGAUGAUGUAUGGCACGAGCGUCGAGUCCUGCUACCAGGCGGGUCUCCCGAGUCAUAUUGGGUUCGUACCCCUGACGCUGACCUAUACGAGGAGGACUUCCAGGGAGGUUCUAGUGAAGGACCCCGACGAGUCCGGCAUGUCCCGUUUGGGGUAAAGACUUUACCCAACUUGAGGGUCGCGGUCUACAGGUUCAAGGAAGAUCUCACGGACGACGACUUACGGAAGUGGAUCAAGGAAGCCAUCCAGGAGCAUACCCGUUCUUACGGUAGAGAACCCGACUUGUCAGAUGUCCAGGUUGAGCUAGCAGACGGUUCCUUAGCGCCAAUUCAAGAUGUGGUCGGUGUGCGUCGCCCGGCCCGGCGACUGACAGGCAAGGGACCCCGAGACAGGACCGAGACUCCAGGAGCGUCCGGCCCAGGCACCUGGCUGGUAGCUGAUCCGAGACAUGGACUUCCCCUGGGUUCACCCAUCAUUCCGGACUUCAACAAAGACCUGAAGCUUGACGAUGAGAACGGGGUUGCCCGUGUUCGGGGCCAAUGGGUUCGCGUAGAGUGGGUUGCAACAGGACAGGAAGCCUCAUGGAAGAAAGCGAGGGCAUCUGAGCUCAACUCCCACCUCGAGUCUGAUGAGGCGCUCGCCGACGACCUGAAACUCCUCCCUGCCGUCAAGGACACUCCGGAGGACGAUGAAGGGACCGUGUUCAAGGACAAGGCGGGUGAGGACGUCAGGACUCUUUGGAUCAUCUAUGACGAUCAGAAUGAGAGACAUCGAGAGUGGCGCAGUGUGGUGCAGGAGUGUGUGACCCAUAGCUUCGCAGACUGGCCAUACCAAGGUCCUCAAUCCACCAUGCAUAUGCUCAAGCAUAUCCAGAGACACGGGGGAGAGCCGAAGAGCUGGUUGCAGCUAUGGCUCCGCAAACACAAUGUCAGUGAGAGUGACCGUGUCUGUCAUGAGCUCAAGACCCUCGUCGACAUUGUCUACCUUGGCGGAUGCUACGAUCAGCUGAACCUUGCAAGCCUGGCUUCGUUUGAGGCGGCCAGCCGCCGCAUCCAGACCAUCGUUGAGGCUUUCUCCGGCGCCUCAGGCGGCAGCGGUCCAGAUUGGUCACAUGCAAGAUUGUACACAGGGCAAGCCACCGCAGAUGACAUCGUCAGCCCAGAACUUCGUACCUGGGCUGCAAAACGAGGGAAAGAAGAAGUUGAGUUAGCGCAGGCGAGGGCGAAGAUCCGGGACGCCAAACGCCUCGGGUCCCAUGCAAGUGAGGGCAAUGAGACUGGUGAUCAAUCGGAAGCACCUGCCCCUGCUCUCCCCGGACGUGGACGUGGGCGGGGCCGUACAGCCAAAGGGCUGGAGGUGCUCUUCCGGGUGGCGCCUCGGACCUUUUCCUCUGCCUUUGAUGCCGGAAGGAAGGUCCUUGUGCAGAUUGAGCAGGCGAUCGUCACAGAGACAGGCGCUACUUUUACUCCCUCGGCGCUUCAGUCCGAGAUCGUCGAGAGGGUGGUGAAGCUUUCAUCCGAGGCAUAUGAGUUGGAUGCAAGCUUUUCUUCACCGCCUACCCCGGAGGCAGCCCUACGGGAGCUGCUCCGCGGCGCCGACGACUACGUCGACUCCGUGUCCACUUUGGCGGCCUACCGCCGUGAGCGCAUCAGUAUGCCGGCCCCUGAGCGCAUGUUAAGACCAGAAGAAGACUUUCAGUGUGAUAUCGUUCCAUACUGGGACCCUGCACUUCGCAACAGUUCUCGAGCCUACAAGGAUCUCAUUCGACACCUGCAUAAGAUUGGUUACCUGGACUUUACGUUGGAACCGAAAGAGAGAGCCGGUAUAUUUUUCGUUAAUAAGGCCAAUGAUAAGAUCCGCUUGAUCAUUGACGGCCGGCGAGCCAACGCGCGGUUACGGGAGCCGCCUGGUGUCAGUCUGGCCACUGCCGAAGCUUUCGCCAGGUUCGAGAUGGAGGACUGCUCAGAUCAGGAUCCGACCAUUUCAGUGGGCCUCUCAGAUGUAAAAGAUUGUUUCCACAGGAUGACUCAACCCCGGUGGCUUCGAGAGUAUGUCGCACUAGAUCCGAUACCUGCCGGCUGGGUGGGACUGCAAGGCACUUCGCUCGGAGGCAUCACCCUGGCCCGCGACGACUUGAUAUAUCCUAUGCCUGCACCUUUGUGUAUGGGAUGUUCCUGGUCUUUGUUCUUUAGACACUUCACGGUCCCACUGUCCCUGCCCCAUCGCGGAGAGAUCGAGUCCUUCACGAAGGGGACCUUCGUCAAGCCGCCCCGGAAAGCAUCAGAAAGGAGCUCAUCGUCGAGCACGACCGAUCCGGAACUAGAGACCACACCUACAGCCAAGGUCCAGAAGAACCGCGUCCCCAAAGCCCGAGUCAAGCGCAGGCUCAGGAAGUAUCUCGACCAAGCCUUCGAAGCGGUUCAGAAAGGGUCGACUCUCUUGGAGGACCAGGCCGUUACCAGUCGUGUGCAGCGUUACUAUCAAACCGAGCUGAACCUCCUUCACGAUUUCGUGAAACGGCAGGGGCUUCCCUUCCGCACGGACGAACAGGUGGAUGCGGCGAUCGUCAAGUUCAUGAAUGCGUGUUUUUGGAAGGGUCACCAAGCUCACAAAGGCGAGAAAUUGCUGGCUUCAUUCAUGCACUCAAACCCGUCGUUCGGCAGACUAGGGAGUCGCAAACUACCACGAAGCUGGAGGGCGCUAAAGGGAUGGAGAAGGUUGUGCCCAGCUCACAGUCGCCGGCCUUGGCCACUCGCAGUUUGGUGUGCCAUCGCCUGCGAGCUCCGCCGGAUGAAGCGUACACGUAUGGCGGUCUACACUAUGGUCGCCCUCAGCACCUAUGCCCGCCCAUCCGAGCUUCUCCGAUGCACGACGUACUCACUCAUCCCUCCAGUGAGGUCGGCCACGGCCGAGUGGACCCUGCUUCUGUCACCCGAGCAUCUCGAGACUCCUGGAAAAACAGGCGAAUACGACCUGUCCGUCAGCCUCGACUCCUCCUACUUGAAGCCCUGGUCCCUUUCAGUUUUCGGACUCCUGAAGAAGCAAGAGCCCACCGCGCCACUGUGGGAUUUCAGCUACGGCGACUACGUCAAGGCCUUCAGCCUUGCGGCCCAAGGGUUGGGCCUGCAGCUGUCGCCGUACCAGAUGCGUCACUCCGGACCCAGGGUGGCGCAGCCCGCUGGAAAUUCAGAAGCGAGGAAACUGGAAAAGUGCGAAAUCGGUGAUGCGCUACGAGAAAUCAGGCAAACUGGGCGCCGCCUUCCUGGACCUGUCCUGCAAGAUGCGCCAGCACGCGCUGUGGUGCGAAGAACAUCUAGGGGAUGUCAUCCUCGGUCGAAAGGCGGCUCCGGCACUGCCAUGAAAAAGCACCGUUCUCGCUAUUUCCUGGAUUUGUUCUCUGGCAGUGGCGGGGUCAGCAGGUGUUUGCGGGCAUUGGGCUUUAGAUCUUACGAGGUUGAUGUGAAACACGGUGCACGCUUCGACUUGACGGACCGAAGCGUGCUCCACAAGAUUUUGGUGAGCAUACAGCGCGCUGAGGUUCUCGGAGCUGUUUUUGCUCCAUCGAUGAACUCUUUCUCAGUUGCGAGAGAUCGCACAGCAGUCAUCAGGAACCGGGCCGACCCAUGGGGGCUGCCUUUUUCCACACUGGCUCCAGCAGACCAGCAACGCGUCCUUUUCGGCAAUGCGUGUGCAAAAUCUGUUUUGCGCCUCAUUGGAGCCCUCGAUCGUUAUCGGCUCCCGUGGUGCGUUGUGCACCCUUUAGGCAGCAAGCUGUGGCUUCUUCCGCCUUUUGACAGUCUUGCUGCUCUGCCGCACGUCCACUCGCAGGUAGUGGAUUCCUGCCAGCUCGGGGCUCAGUGCAAACGGCCUGUCCGCUUAUUGUUUGGCAACCUCGACUCUCAGGAUUUGGAGCGCCUUUCACCGCUCCGCUGUCGAGGUUUUCAGGGCGUCUGCAGUCGCACGCAAAAGCGACACAAGCAGUGGUCAAGCACUUCCACUACCCCGCCCUACCCUGCCCAGCUCUAUCAACAUCUUGCUUACGUCUUGGCUGCGCCGUACCUGACCACUGACCCUUCAACGUUGUGGCUACCAUCCGCGUAG